AUGAUCGUCUUUCCGAUUGGUUCCUUUUCGUCCUCUCCGAUCGCCGCCGUCAUCUCCGGCGUGCUUGUUUUGCUUUCCUGCUUUCAAGCUACUCUAGGAGCUCCUUGCCCUAUCAAUGGCUUGCCAAUCGUGAGGAACAUUAGUGACCUUCCUCAGGAUAACUAUGGAAGACCAGGUCUUUCUCACAUUACUGUUGCUGGAGCACUAUUGCACGGAAUGAAAGAGGUUGAAAUAUGGCUUCAAACAUUUGCUCCAGGUUCAGAGACACCGAUUCACAGGCACUCCUGUGAAGAGAUUUUCGUUGUCCUGAAGGGCAGUGGUACUCUGUAUCUCGCUGAAACACAUGAAAGUUUCCCUGGGAAACCAAUUGAAUUUCCUGUCUUUGCUAACAGUACACUUACUAUUCCAAUCAAUGAUGCUCAUCAGGUCAAGAACACCGGUCAUGAGGACCUGCAGGUGUUGGUUAUUAUAUCUCGUCCGCCUAUAAAAGUCUUCACCUACGAUGACUGGUUUAUGCCACACACUGCUGCGAGGUUGAAGUUUCCUUACUAUUGGGAUGAGCAGUGCCUCCAAGAAUCGCAAAAAGACGAGCUUUGA